CGCCGCCGCCGCCGCCGCCUCCGCCUCCUCCUAGUCCCGGGUCUGCUCGUCCUCUCGCGGUGAUGAGCUGAGCCCCGUCGGGGGCUGCACCUGCCGGCUGCCCAUCACCCCGGACCUCCCGGCGUGACCUCGGCCUCCUCGCGUGCCCGGCCCCCGCGGCGCCGAGCUGACCCUGAGAGGGAGCGGUAGCGGCCUCCUCCGACCCGAGUCCUCGCUCGGGGGCCGCGCGGGGAGAGCGCCCGGCCCCCUCCCCUCCCCAGUCCGCCGUCCUCGAUGUCUCCCCGGCGGGGAGGGGGCUGCCUGGGAGACGCGCUGAGCGGCCCCCCCCGGAGGCCCGUCGGCGGCAGCAGCAGCGACCAGCCCGGCGACCCGAAGCCUCCCCCGGCGGCGGCGGCCUGGAGGAGCCGCGCACCCGCCGCCGCCCCCGGAGCCUCGCAGCCGCCGCCGCCGCCGCCGCCCGGCGCCGGAGGAGAGGGCGGCGGGCGCCCCCCAGGGAAGAUGAAGGCGGAGGGGGGUGACCACUCCAUGAUCAACCUGUCGGUGCAGCAGGUCCUGAGCCUCUGGGCCCAUGGGACGGUGCUGAGGAACCUUACGGAGAUGUGGUACUGGAUCUUCCUCUGGGCUCUCUUCUCCUCUCUGUUUGUCCAUGGCGCUGCAGGAGUGUUGAUGUUCGUGAUGCUACAGAGGCAUCGGCAGGGGAGAGUAAUCUCUGUCAUCGCAGUCAGCAUCGGCUUUCUGGCUUCCGUGACUGGAGCAAUGAUUACUAGUGCAGCAGUUGCCGGCAUUUACAGAGUGGCAGGGAAGAACAUGGCCCCCUUGGAAGCACUGGUGUGGGGCGUUGGACAGACCGUACUGACAUUAAUCAUCUCCUUUUCCAGGAUUCUCGCCACACUCUGAGGUUUCUGUGGGCAUGUCUUACUUCACAUAAGGAAGCAGAUGUACAGAUUCUCUGAAAAUGGCAUUGUUAACAAGUGGGAAUGAAAUUGUACAAGAAUGUGGAAGGAGCAGGUCAAAACAUAAGGCCUUGAGCUGUGUGGGAAGAUUGCCCUCUGGUGUUCAAGUGAUUGCACUACCGCACUGCACCUUACGUGCCUCCGUCCCAGGCAAGGCGCAUGACACUACGUGAAGCUACAAGAAAAAGCACCUUGUUUAGCUGCCAAUCAGGUUAACACUGGCGUUGAAUCAUCGUUCUUAACAGUGUUGUGUUAAGUUACAGGGACGUUUUGAAGAAUUGACAUAUGUGCCAAACUCUUUUCUUUUUUUAACAUUGAUCAUGUGAAAUUUGCAAGUGUAGAUGUAGAUGAGUGCUGUGAACAUAUUUGACAUGAAUUCAGGUGGUGUAGUGAGAUUUUUGUUUUGUAAUGCUAAAUCCCGUAUGAGUGCUGAAUACCGAAUCAUUUAAUAUGAGACAAAUUAUUUGAUUUUUAAUGCUGAACGUUUCUGGGAUUUAGGGCUUUCAUAUAAAUUAGGCAUUAUUGUUAUUUACUUUACGUGAAAAAUAAUACUUAAUGGAAAACUGCUGAACUCUUUUAAGGACUCAAAGUAGAUCUAUAGGGUGCAUCCUUUUCACUCACUUAAGUAACACUCUUUUAAUCGUUUCCCUCAUACAUAAACAUUCUCUUGAUAUGAAUUAAAAAACUUUAUGGGUCAUACACAUUGAUUGUAGCUUGUGUGUCACAAAAGUGUAAUUUGAAAAUUUUCUUAUAAAUUUUGUAAGAAAUCUGAAAUGCACGUUGCAUUCUUGACCCUUCUAAGGAAAGUUUUUGCCAUGUAUCUCAUGGAGAAAACAUCUUUACAACUAGUAUCUCAGUGGGAUUACAUUACUUGUUGCAUAUAUCUUGAUUUUUGACAAAACAUAAGCAGUCUUUCAUUCUGGAGUAUUAACUAUAUUUAAAGAGUGGCCUAAAUUAGGCUAUGAAAACAAGAAGCCUCAUUUGUAGAUAAGAAACAUAUAGGAAGAGUGAGUAAUAAACUAUCUUACUUGGGGUAUGUGGUAGCAUCAUAAUUUCUCUAAGUAAAAAUUGGGGAGUAUAGUAAAUAAUUAUAAAAUUUGGCAACAAAUCUCAGCAUAUCAAUACAGUAUUGAAUGCAUAUUUGAGUUAUUCAUUUCAGUUGUUCAGCUCUUGUUUUAUGCUGUUAUUUAAGUUUACUAGAAUCUGUGAUGACAUUUAUUAGAAUGAAAAAAUCCUUAGAGGUUUUAAGAGGUUCUGGCAAUAUGGAAUUGUAUUUAAGAGUACAAGAAGUAAGGGCAACACAAAACCUGGUGGAAUUUGUCUCCUACUGAGAUUUUUUUAAUACCAGGUACAAUUAUAUAUAUGCUAACUCAAAGGAAGAGCCAACUGCAGAAAAUAGGAAGUUAAGGACAAUCCAAAAAAUAAUCUGCAUACUCUAGCCUCACUGUUUUGUAAUCUAAUUUGGAAAAACAUAAGUUUCUAUUAGGUUCCAUUCAAAUAUAAGACCUUUGUUACCCACGGCACCUUUUCUCCACCAAAAAGCUGAAUAGUAUCAACAACUCACCGAUGAGGAGUUGGGGGUAUUUUACCCGUAUGGAAGCCAGUUUGGGGCGGUGGGGGAGUUGAGUAACACUGGCUUGGAAGUUUGUUUUUAAAAAACCCAAGAAGCAACUAUGCAUUCUUAGAGAUCUUUAAAGUAAAUCUAAAAAUUGAUUCUUUUUAUUAUGUUCAAGUCUGAAAUUGUUUUCAUGUGUUCUUUAUAGUCCUGACAUUUUCCUAAAUUAAAUUUAGGCCUAAAUCUUCCAAGUCAAUUUGAUUUUUCCUUUUCUGUUAGACUUGAAUUGUGUUCUUCCUUUACUUUGGUUAUUCUUUAAAUUCUUUAAAUUAUUUGGUCAAUAAUUUAAAGUGUUCAUAUUCUUUGGGAGGAAUUACCAGUAACAUGUUGAAAUGGUUUGAGAUCUAUAGAAAUGAAUAUUUAUUUUAACACAUGGUUAUUUUAUGUUUCAGAAAGUUACCACGGUAAGGUAACAUGGAACACAUGGUUCAGAAUCUGAAAUUAGCCAGAAAAUAACUUGGACACAUUAAGUGUAUGGCUGCAUGGACCAAAGAGAAUGAAACUGCUGUUUCUGCUCUAGAAUGGAAGUAUGAGAAGGUGGAUCCGUUGGUAGAGUGUCCUGCAGUUAUCUCAUUAUCAGGUUGCUUUACGUUAUGAGGCGUGUGUGUGUGGGUGCGUGGGUGUGUGUGUGCUUUUAACUUUGGGGGGAGUUUUUGGUUUCUUUGUUGUUUUUAGUUGCUUCCAUUGGGAUUUUGUGCAACUGUUACUAUUUCGAUGUUUUGAAAUGCAGUUGAUAGUGUGAAUUGAUGAAAUGUCUUAAUAGCUGUUUCUGUGAUGAGAUUUUUAAAAUGUUAUUGGUUUUCCUAUAGAGACAAGAAACAUUUAAUGAUAUAUAUCUACAUACACAUAUAUAUCAUUAUAUACACAUAUAUAUAUAUAAAGCUGCUAUAUAUAUGAAUACAGUCUAAUUGGAAAGCUUUUGUUCAAUGAACGCUUUGACAUUAUCGUGGAGAAUUUGAUACGUUUGCUCAGUUGAAUGAUCUUUUAAAUAGGUUUAAGGAACUUUGAGAUUUUUGAAUUUGGGGAAAGUUUUCUUGGUUAAUAGUGCUAGAGAUCCUUGUUUGUGAUGUGACAAAAGCCCUUAUUGAUGUAUUUGGGUUAAAUCUUCUUAAAAUUUACAUGUGAUUUAGCAGUAAAUUUUCUUUGUGAAAAAUGAAGGAGGGAAGGGGAAAAUCCUCUGCAGUUUCCACUUCGUUAUUUUAAAAAAUGCUUAAUAAAAUAUUGCUGACAGUGAAAUCAGUUCCUCAGAGAAGAGACUCCUGUAUGCCCAAACUAAUUAUUCAUUAGUUAACACAGGGAGUUAACAUAAGGAGAGUCCUAAAUGGUGGCCAUAUUCAGUGUUUGCAGGUUAAUUAUUCUUACUUUUUUUUUUUUUCUGGUGGUACACGGGCCUCUCACCGCUGUGGCCUCUCCCGUUGCGGAGCACAGGCUCCGGACCCGCAGGCUCAGCGGCCAUGGCCCACAGGCCCAGCCGCUCCGCGGCACGUGGGAUUCUCCCAGACUGGGGCACGAACCCGCGCCCCCUGCAUCGGCAGGCGGACUCCCAACCACUGCGCCACCAGGGAAGCCCUAUUCUUACUUUAGAUCUUAGUGUUUACUGAACAGUGUUAUAGUUUGUAACCCAAUGUACUUUCUUAGUAUUUGCAGCAUACAUUUCUACUGCCCCCCCCAAAAUGUGAGGGUUUUGUUUGUACUUUAAGUGAGAAAUAAAGAAAUGAGCUGCCCUGUGUAUCAUAUAUUUGUGAUGUAAGGAACAGGAGUAGUUUUUAAAAUGUUCUUGGAAAACAUCUUUAGACAAAACCUCUGAUUAAGAUGAGGAGAGUGGGGCUGCCACGUCAAUGUGCCCAAGCUGGCACUUACACGCCAACAAAUUCAAUUUUGUAAACAUUUUUGGUGGAUCUACUAUGUACAAAGUGCUGAACCUGGUAUUUUCUGUAGGAAGUACAAGGAUGACCAAGAUGGGGUUCCCGCCCUUGAGUCCCCAAGAGCUACCAAGAUGAUUUAAAUCCUCAAACAGUUGGGAGAAUAUCUUGCUUCUAGCUGAGAGCUUAAGUCCUGUUUUUUCCCCCAAUUCUGAUUUUUCUCAGUUUAUUAACCAAAUGGAAUACCGUGACAUAGAUUUGAAUCCAGGCCCUCCCACUUGUUGACUUUUUGUUUAUGAUGGCGAAGCAGUACAGUCAACUCUCCAUAUCUGCGGUUCCGCAUAAAGGGAUUCAACCAACCUUGGAUUGAAAUAUUCAGAAAAAAUUUCCAGAAAGUUCCAAAAAGCAAAACGUAAAUUUGCCCCACACAGGCAACUAUUCACAUAGCAUUUACACUGUUUACACCAUUUACAUAGCAUUUACAUUGUAUAAGGUAUUAUAAGUAAUCAAUAGAUGAUUUAAAGUAUAUGGGAGAAUAUGCAUAGGUUAUAUGCAAAUACUAACACCAUUUUCUAUAAUGGCCAUUUUCUAUAAGCAUCCUCGAAUUUUGGUAUCCAUGCGGGUCCUGGAAUCAAUCCGCUAUGGAUAUUAAGAGACGACUCAGUAUUUAACAGUAAAUGAUCAAUAGUCAUUAUAAUUUUUUUUUAAAUACACUUUGCAAUACCAAUUGAAUAUAUUGUUUUGUAAGAUUCAACUGUUUUCUUCCAUUUCUACAUUUUCCCUACAUAUAUUUUACAACGGAAACUAAAAAAAUUCUCUUAUAAUGUUGCUUCUCCUCUCCACCUCUUUAUUUUUUAAAUCAGCAGAUAGUUUUCUAAGAGCACUUUUGGGAAUUGGUGGCGAUGGAAAUGUUAAAUGUUAAAACAGGAAAAGGGAGAAGUAGCCGGGAUUUAGCCCUUACCUUAUCCUGCUUGCUUCUUUUGGAUUUACUCAGCCAAUAUUCAUUGAAUCUCCACUACAUGCAACUUACUCUCCUUGCUUUCGGGGUGGAGAGGUGUCCCCUCCCUCUGUGUACCUCUCGCCGCCCCAGCCUGUGGCUUCACCGUGCGGGGCGAGAACAGAACUGGGCUGCGGUGUCUGCCACGUCCCUCCUUCCGUGGACCAAAGAAACACUUAACGUACUGUGAAGCUUAAAGACAGGAAGAAGAAACCUUGGAGGGGUAACGCAUAAAAACAAAGGCGUAUGUGAUGAAGUAUCCUACAUUAUGUGAACACGGUUUUCCCCCUUCUGUUAAGACUAUAAACCACACUGUAUGAGUAUGUGUACUGCAUGUUUACAUAAUACAGUUUAAUUUUGAAGGGUUAUUUAAAAAGUAUGUUUAUUUAUAAUACCUAACAAGCUGUAAAUAUUGUAUACUAUUGAUUUUUAAUUUUAUAUAAGCAAUUUUUUAUUUCCAAUUCAUGUACAAAUCUCAUUGUGUAUAUAGCGUAAUUUCCUGGAUAACACAAAUUUUGCAGUGAAUUUUAAUUAUUUUAAUUGUGGUAAGCAUAGAAAUGUUGAUCUUUAUUUUAAAUUAUUUUUCACCACUCAUUUCCUUCAAAGGGCAGCAAUAAAUAUAUGCAAGUUAUUUUUGAUUAUACAGAGUUGGUCUGCAAAGACAAGAUCUAGAUUCCAAUUCAUUGCUUUAAAGAAAAGAUGCACAAUUAACCUCAUCCACUGUCUAAUCUCAGGACCAUUUCUGAGGUCCACAUGUGUCUCUCCUCUUUGUAAUAUACAGGGUGAACUCUUUACUGAUACACACAAAACAACUGUUAAAAGUGAAUCCAGCACUUAAAUGUCAUUACACAGAAUUUAUUGGAUUAAAAAUUUGUAUUAUACAGUAUUUUAAUAAAGUUUCUGUAUUCAGUUUCAUGCGCUUAUAUAUAAAUAAACCUGUCUUCAAAAGCUUUAUGGGGUGUUUGAUUCUUUACGACAUAUCUUUUUAACUCAUUCACUGUAGACUCGAGUGUUUCCU